AUGUCAAUCCCAACUGGCCCUGAUCAGAUGUACAAAGAUGCGUUGAUUGAAUUUGAUUCAUACACACGACUACAACCACUGAUUGACGGAAAUAUACCUAGUCUUAAUCACACAUUAUCUAGACUACCAAUCAAUUCUUCAUCACGAAUGGAAUUCAAAACAAUUCAACCAAAGGAGCUACUCGAGACACAAGAUAUGCAACCGGCCAAACCUUUAGAUAAAACUUCACUAGGUGAUAUUCAUUUGAAGAUUUUACAGACAAAACUUGCAUUGAAGGCAGAACGUGAGACUGAGCAACGAAAACUUGACGAGAUUCAAAGUCAUGAUCGUCCAUUAUAUUAUCAAUUGCCUAGCUCAGGUGUCAAGGAUUUUUACAAUGAAAUUAAAGAUUUCCUUCCCCCAAAUGUGAAUCUUGAUGGAGGCAAUUCGAAAAAGAAUAGCGUGCCUUAUUUUUACCGCAAUAAACUACACCCAAUUGACCAUUUUAGAGCAAAGACUAAUAGCUACUUAAUUGAAGAUGAUGAAGAUUUGGACGAUUACAACAGUGCCUCUCCAACAGGUGAUUGGGAGAAUCCUAUUGUGAAGCAAGCACUAUCUCGACAAGUUGAUCUUGAGUACUACACCAAAUCCUUGUUACGAAAUGUGCUAUAUUUAAUCAUUAUAUUGCUAUUCAAGUCACUAAUAAAAAAGAUUAUCAUAUUGUAUGAGCUAAACUUGAAAGCACAGCCACUUUACAAGCAAAUGAUGUACAACAAUCGCUUCAACUUUGAUACAUUUGUGGGUGGCGUUUAUUUUGCCAUUGCUGAACAAAUGAUAAGUGCUUGGCCACUUCUUAAUAUUUUUUUAUCCAUAGCCAAGUUGAUCAGGGGUCAAGACCAGUGCUGGGACCUUCCAUUGAGUAACAAACAAAGAAAAUUAAUAGGCUUGAAAGUAGAUGAUGUUGGUAACGAUGAAGAACUCGAUGCCGACUUGAUCUUUAAGCAAAGAAAGUACGAUGCUGGCCAUAAAUUGGCUAACGACUCAAUACCCAAAUAUAACCAGAUGAACGACUACACACUUGAAAAUUCCAGGGAACAAAGCAAAUAUACCAACAGUCGCUGGGUUUACAAGUCGUAG